AUGUCGCAUUAGCAGUUAAGACUUCAUUGGAUCCAUCAGACCUUCGUCUUGUUGAUAAAGCAAACGAUAACAUGUAUAGACUUUAACACAAUGAUAACCAUAUUUAUUAUCAUUUUACUCCUAAAAACAUUCAGAGACCCACGGGGUUUUCAACCGCUGCAGUUAAUUCUUUCUCACAUUAUUUAUACGCUUUUAACUAAUUCAUUGAAUUAAACAUUUUUUAAUUUAUUAAAUAAUUUAAGUUUAACACAUGGAAUAUUUACUUCAAUCUCGAGGGCAUGUUCGUCAGCCUUCUGACACUCAGGCUUUUCGAGAAAGAACUAAAAGAGAUGCUGAAAGUGAAAUGCAGUUCGAACUUAAUCGUUUGGAGGCAACUGCUGCUCCUCACCUUCGAGACCGUUUCAAGGUGGAACUUGGAGGUUUUCAGAAGCUGUUCCAGAAGUUUCUCCAAGACCAGGGGCCUUCAGUGGUAUGGGAACAAAUUCAAAAAUUACCAGAAGGAGCAAUCAGAGACUAUGACUCUCUUGUGGAGCCUGGUUACGAGGAGAUUCGAAGCAUGCUAAAUAAAUUAGUAGUUGUUAAGUUAAAUGGAGGAUUAGGAACAAGUAUGGGUUGUCAUGGACCUAAAUCAUCUAUUGUUGUCCGCAAUGACCUUACAUUUUUAGAUCUUACUGUACAACAAAUUGAGCAUUUGAACAGGGAAUAUAAUGUCAGCGUACCAUUAGUUUUGAUGAACUCUUUCAAUACCGAUGAUGAAACCCAAAGAAUUAUCAGAAAAUACAAGGGAAUUGAUAUCAUCGUCAAGACUUUUAAUCAAAGCUGUUAUCCACGUAUCAGUAGGGAGUCUUUACUUCCUGUUCCUAAAUGCUGUGAUGUUGAAGAAGAUAUAGAAGCAUGGUAUCCUCCUGGACACGGAGACUUUUAUGAAAGCUUUCAACGAUCAGGAUUAUUAGAUGAAUUUAUAAAAGAGGGUCGUGAAUACUGUUUUAUCUCAAAUAUUGAUAAUUUAGGAGCAACAGUAGAUAGUAAAAUUUUGAAAUUAGUCCUUGAACCAAGUGGUACUCCACAUGAAUUUAUUAUGGAAGUCACAGAUAAGACUCGCGCCGACGUCAAGGGAGGCACUUUAAUUCAAUAUGAAAACAAACUACGUCUUUUGGAAAUUGCACAAGUUCCGAAAGAACGUAUAGAUGAUUUUAAAUCUGUUAAGACCUUUAAAUUCUUUAAUACCAAUAAUCUAUGGGCUAAACUGAGCGCAAUCAAACGUAUAUUGAGUGAACACACACUGGAUAUGGAAAUUAUUGUGAAUCCCAAAGAAUUAGAUAAUGGAUUAAAUAUUAUUCAGCUGGAAACUGCAGUUGGUGCAGCUAUGAAAUCAUUUGAAGGAAGCAUAGGUAUUCAUGUACCACGAAGAAGAUUUUUACCUGUAAAGAAAACUUCAGAUUUGCUUCUUGUGAAAAGUAAUUUAUAUGUUCUUAAAAACGGCUCGUUACUCAUGAGCCCUAAGAGAAUGUUCCCUGUGACACCGUUGAUUAAACUAGGUGAUAAUCAUUUUGCGAAGGUAGCAGAAUUUACUCGACGAUUCGCCAGCAUACCGGAUCUUUUAGAACUCGACCACUUAACCGUAUCUGGAGACGUAACUUUUGGUCGGGAUGUUUCAUUAAGAGGAACAGUUAUAGUGAUUGCGAAUCAUGGUGAACGUAUAGAUUUACCAUCAGGAACAAUUUUGGAGAAUAAAAUUGUAUCUGGAAAUCUUCGUAUUUUGGACCACUAAAUAAAAUCAAUUAUCAUUUUUAUAGAAAA